AUGGAAAACAAAACAAUUGUUAUUACAGGUGGGAGUAGAGGAAUCGGUAAAACAGUAGCAGAAACCUAUCGACAACGCAAGGCUAAUAUAGUCAUUGGAGACAUUAGAGAUGCUGAAGGUGAAAAACUAGUUGCCAAAAUGAAUGAAGAAGCUGGAGCCAAAGUUGCAAUUUACGUUCAUACUGAUGUCUCCCAUUAUGAAGAUAACAGACACCUAUUUCGAACCGCAGAAUCAGAAUUCAAUCGAGUGGAUGUAGCAUUUUUGAAUGCUGGUAUAGGAUCUACAAGUAAUACGUUAUUUGCUCCCCUUGAUGAUGAUCGUGAAGAAUCAAUAUUCAAUGUUGACCUUAUUGGUGUCGUAAAGGGAACAAAAGUGGCUUUAUUACAUAUGGCAAAGAACAAGGAGGACAGUGCGAUCAUAAUCAAUGCAUCCACUUGUUCAUUUCAAACACCACCUGCUAUGAGUGCUUACAAUGCUGCUAAGCAUGGUGUGAUUGGAUGGGUAAGAUCAUUAGAUUUUCUUCCCAAGGUGUGCAACGUCAGAAUCAAUGCAAAUACUGAUUUGAUGACUGAUCUUGGUGACAGAAGUAUUGAACCUUAUUGGAAAGUAGCUGAUGCUUUACCACGAGCAUCUAUGAAGACAUUGAUACAAGCUAUAGAUAUUUGCAUAAAAAACACUACAAAAUCAGGUGCGGCAAUAUUAGUUUUACCAGAUGGCGUGAGUGAUUUCCCGCGUCCAGCUGUAUUUGAAUCAACAGUCAAUGAAGCUACUAACAAGGCCCUUGAAAUAUAUAAAGUGGAAAUGGUAGAACAAUAUAAAAAAGAAUUAGACAUAGCAUUAAAGAGAUAUAGUGACAAUUGA